UUCUUGCCUGCAGGAAUGGCGAGGACCAACAGGUUGGUGCUGGUGGCGUUUCAGCAGGUGGUUAAAGAGAGCUUUGCUCUGUACAUCGAGAAACCCAAAAUGAGCCAUAAGAUCAUCCAGAAAUGGAUUUCGGGUGUAGUAGAAACAACUAUAAUGGAUGCAGAAACAACAAUGGUGGAUACACAUCUGAUUGAUUCGCUCGAUUUCUUAUCAUGGGACAUGGGAGAUACAUUGAAGGAUUUCACAGUUAGAGAAAGAAGCGGCCAGGGGUGAUCAACGAAUGUCGCCAAGAAGCCCAAUUUCUUACCACGAGAUUCAGCCUUUCUUUUGUAUAACGUCUCUCCUUCUCUUACUUGGCAAUCCCUCCUUAGUGAGUAUCUCUCUCUAUUUCAGUGGUCCUUUAAUUUGUUUUGUUGCAGGAUUCCAAAUUCAUCCAUGGUAGAGGAAUCCUCCAAUGCUGCAGUUGGGGCAAGGUGAAUCAGCUCCCGACGAGAGAAGGAAAGAAUAUGUGGUUUUGGAAGGGUUUUGUUGUCAUUUUCCAUUUGUAAGCGAUCUUUUAUGUGCUAUGCCAUAGUUGCUUUCAUGAGUUUGUCUUGGCUUACUGAAUCUCAUCUUUUCUUUGUUGUUGAUGAUCUCAAUUUGACUUCAACUCGGUGAUUUUUGCAACUGUUUACUUUGACUACAUCGAAAAUGGUCGGGUGUUGGGAACAAGGAAUAUACAUAUAUGUGUAAGGUGGUGUAUGCCAUAGUGUUGGAUUUCUCAUCCUGCCAUCCAUUUUUUUGUCUGGUCUUCAACCCCUUGCAGUUGCAUUGGGUUGCAUUCGGUCUAAGUAUAAUAUUCUUGUGCAGUUGUUUGUGUGCUUUACCUUCCCUUUAGGUUGAGCAAAGUGUUCGUUUGUGAAUUAGGAGAUUAAGUUAUUUGUUUGCCUGUUUGGCUUGGUGAUAGUGUCUUUUUUCCCCUGAAUCACAAAAGAAAACAUAUGGUCUUUUGUUGUACCCUUUCUUAGGACUAAAACAUGUUUUUACUAUAUAGCCAGUGGUGGCUGCAGAAUGAUCAAGUCAGCACCAACAAGCCUUCAAAUAACUACUAUAGACCAUCAUAUUUUGUUUUCCCUUCCAUCUAACUGGUGUUCUUGGCGUGGCAACUGGCAAUGAUGGAAAAUGUGAUUCAGGCCCUGAAUAAUUGUAAAAUGUCUACUUUGUGGUCAAGCAUUCUGCAUUCAAGAGACAAAUGGAAGACCUAAAUAUUUCCAAU